CCAGUGCAUCCUGAUAAUCUGAUUAGGAGAUUUUGUCGAGCAACACUUCUUUUCCUAACACUGUGACCAUGGCUGUCUUGAGAGUAAAAUUCACCAAAACCAAGAGAGACAAGUUGGCUCAAAUCCUGUGGAUCCUCAACUGGAUUUCUGUGGUGUCUGGUGUAAUUCUGUUCAGCCUGGGACUUUUCCUGAAGAUCGAACUCAGAAAGCGAAGUGAGUUGAUGGGCAAAGGGGAUAUUAACUCUGUCCCCAACAUGCUAAUAUCUGUAGGGGUUGUAGCAUGCAUCAUCAACUUUCUUGGAGGUAAAAUCUGCUAUGACUGCACAGACUCCAACAAAUUCAACCGAUGGAAGUUGUUUAUGCUCCCUUAUAUUGUUUGCACAUUCUGCUUCACCUUCUGCAUUUUGGUAGGUGCUGUCAUGUGUUAUACCAUGAGAAAUGAACUGGAGGAAUCUCUGUAUCUGGGGCUGAGGGACGCUAUUAAGUUCUACAAGGACACAGACAUUCCUGGAAGGUGCUUUUUAAAGAAAACCAUCGACAUAUUACAAAUCAGAUUCCAAUGCUGUGGAAACAACGGUUUCAGGGAUUGGUUCGAAAUUCAGUGGGUCUCAGUUCGCUAUCUGGAUAUGGCUUCAAAGGAUGUUCAAGACCGCCUAAAAAGCAACGUCGAUGGGAAGUUCUUGGUGGAUGGAGUUCCCUUCAGUUGUUGCAACCCAAUCUCACCCCGACCCUGCAUCCAGUAUCAGCUAACAAACAAUACAGCUCACUACAACUAUGAUUUUAUGACAGAAGAACUUAAUAUUUGGAUGAGAGGAUGCAGGGAAGCCCUACUGGAUUAUUACACUGACAUCAUGAGAUCCAUCGGUAUCACUGUGCUCCUCAUCUGGUUGUUUGAGCUGUCUGUGCUUACUGGAGUUCGUUACCUUCAAACAGCAAUGAGGAAUGUUCUCCUCUUGGGUGAUCCGCAGUGUGACUCAGAUGGUUGGUUGCUUGAGAACAGCUUUGUAGAAACUGCCAAAAACAACAUCAACAUCAUUAAGAAUCUUGGCAAGGCUAAUCAGAUAUCAACGGUUUCAGGGAAUGACCCUAACAUGGAUGUUAAAACUGCAAACCACGGUCCAGAGAAUGUUCCAACAAAAUCAAUCCCCACAGCUUAACUGGAUGCAGCACUCAAGACUUCUAAUAUGGUUUGGCAUCACAGUCACUACUGUGCAUUUUUGCUGUGCGUUUUUCCCCACAGGUGAGAAUAAAACCAGAAUCCAAAGAAUGGAAUCAGUAAAUCAUAUCCUGGUAACAGGACAAAACAUGAGGACUUCUGGCAGAGGGGAGUACUUCAAUGUACUUACCCAGUUUCUGAAUUUACAGUGUUACCUAGUUCUACACAGCCCUUCUCUCUCUCUUUUACAAUGCACAUAGAAUGCUGGUUUGGAAUUUGCAAUGUUUCCCCCCUUCUUUUACUCUAAAUAUGUUGUGCCCAGUGUUUAUGAAAUGUGAACACCAGGAAGAUAACUGCAUUGCUGUAUGAAACAGACUGAACACCAUAUAGCUUUAGGAGUGGUGGGUUUUUAAAUCAUUUAUCGUUCAGUCUUUUUGUAGGUCAAGUUGUUCCUAUAUUUUGCAGGGACUGUACCUGCCUAAAGCACAGCUUUCUAAAAUUCCCAAGUCCACUUUCUGCACUCUCGUCACAAAAAAGCUUGUUAUAUCAUCUGAAUAUAUUUUAUCUUAAUGUGACAGAAGUAUCUUUAUUCACUUAACUGCUGUAAGGCUGCCUUAACUGAAUGCAAUUUAUUGUCACUGUAAGUUUAGAACUUAAACGCUUCAAAUCUGUUUCUUUAACAGGUUUUUCCAUCUCCGCCGUAUUAAGCAGUUGGUCCCUUACACCUUUCUCGCCCUGA